UCUCUUAUAAGCAAAGAAAGUUUUACAAGUUUCUCUCAGUUUUUCAUCAGUCCCAAACUUGGAUCUGAAGAAAACAGUGAGUGGUCUAAAUCGGUUCAAGGAGUAAGUCCCUCUGGGCUGUCUCCCUUAACUUCUAAGCAACUUUCCAGCUAGAUACCCAUCGAGAUGGGUGACUGGAGCGCUUUAGGAAGACUCCUUGACAAGGUCCAGGCCUACUCCACAGCCGGGGGGAAGGUCUGGCUGUCGGUGCUCUUCAUCUUCCGCAUCCUGGUGCUGGGCACCGCGGUGGAGAGUGCCUGGGGGGACGAGCAGUCGGCCUUCAAGUGCAACACCCAGCAGCCCGGCUGUGAGAACGUCUGUUACGACAAGUCCUUCCCCAUCUCGCAUGUCCGCUUCUGGGUGCUGCAGAUCAUCUUCGUCUCCACUCCGACGCUCCUGUACUUGGCUCAUGUCUUCUAUCUCAUGCGCAAGGAGGAGAAGCUCAACAGGAAGGAGGAAGAGCUGAAGGCGGUGCAGAACGACGGCGGCGAUGUGGACAUACCGCUGAAGAAGAUCGAAAUGAAAAAAUUUAAGCAUGGACUGGAAGAACAUGGGAAGGUGAAAAUGAAGGGCGCUCUCUUGCGAACCUACGUCGUAAGCAUUUUGUUUAAGUCCCUUUUCGAGGUGGGCUUCUUGAUCAUACAGUGGUACAUGUAUGGCUUCAGCCUCAGUGCCGUCUACACCUGCCAGAGGAUCCCCUGCCCACACAGGGUUGACUGCUUCCUCUCCCGGCCCACCGAGAAGACAGUCUUCAUCAUCUUCAUGCUGGUGGUGUCCCUGGUUUCCCUGCUCCUCAAUGUGAUCGAGCUCUUCUAUGUCUUUUUCAAACGAAUCAAGGAUCGCGUGAAGGGCAAACAAACCCAGUUCCACACCGGCGGCACUCUGAGUCCCAGCCCCAAGGAAAUGACCAACUCCAAGUACGCCUACUACAAUGGCUGCUCUUCCCCUACAGCCCCUUUGUCCCCCAUGUCGCCCCCGGGCUACAAAUUGGCUACCGGAGAAAGGACCAAUUCCUGCCGCAAUUACAACAAGCAAGCCAACGAGCAGAAUUGGGCCAACUACAGCACCGAGCAGAACCGUCUGGGCCAGAACGGCAGCACCAUCUCCAACUCCCACGCACAGGCCUUUGACUUCCCCGAUGAUACCCAUGAUCCCAAGAAAAUGACCGUGGGCCAUGAAUUGCAGCCCCUGGCUUUGAUAGACCCACGGCCAUGUAGCCGGGCCAGCAGCCGGAUUAGCAGUCGGGCAAGGCCCGAUGACCUUGACGUCUAGCUCCAAGGCUCCUUCCGCCUCCCUACCCCUGCUUGUCCAAGACGGCACAGAACACAAAGCACUAGGAGUUGGUCUCACGUGCUUAUGGGCAGUAUUUUCCCCGUUUGCUGUCUUCGGCUGAGACUCUAGUAGACAGAGAGACAGUAAAAAUACUUACACCCUGCUGGAGGUACUAUUAAUUAACAGUGGCGUUGAAACUAGGCAGGCUAACGAGCUUUAACCAUAUGACACAACUAGGGGGCGCUGGACGUGAGAGUUCUCGCUACCUGUUACUAUGCUCUAGAAGAGUGUGUCUCGAUGAUGUUUUGCUUUUUUUUUGUUUCGUUUCUUUAAUCUUUUGCUUUGCCCACACAAUAACAUUCCAUUUAGAGAUAUUGCACUUAAAUAUUACUAGUGUAUCUGAUUUCAUGCGUUGAAAAUGGUCUGACAAACAUUUGGCUUCUGUGUCCCCAUUGUAACCACCUUCUCACUGUGCUGUUGUCCAUCUUGUAAAACAGGGUUUAGGGCGUCUUUCAGUGUCCUAGAUUAAUAUUUAUUUAUUAGUAUAUCAAUGACGGACAUCCAACAGUAGAUAAAGAUUGACUACUACCCAAGGUCAUAUCCAUAUUAAUAAUGUAUGAAUCCAUGAGUCCCUGUAGCAUAUUUAUUGACAAUAAUCCAAAUUUCAGCAGUAUGUUCAUCUUUUUUGUUGUUUCUGGUUGCUUUUUAUUAAUUAUAGUGGACUGUUGUUUCCUGAUAAACUUUGAAUUUAUGUGGUGUCGGUUGUAUCAUUUGUGUUUUUUCUUAUUGUUUUUUUCCUUUUGUCUUGAGUUUUAUCUGAAAGCAGAGUUCUCUGAUUUGUGACUAGAAGCUGCCAUAGAGCAGAUAAUCAAUUAAACAACUUGUUUUUCUUUUCGCUAAAAAAAGUGUCGUAAAAGUGUCUGAGGCAGAAAGGCUUGAUUUCUUGUAAGUUUCGUUCUCUUUUGCUUUUUGGGUAGAAAGAGGCUUUUCAUCUUUUACUUUCGGUGGAAGAGAUUUUUAAAAAAAUCAGUGUAAUCAUUGCUGCUUGAGAGAUAGAUUUUUAGUACUGUAAAUCAAGCUAACUGUGUCACAAAUGUGAGUUUUUAGAAGACUGCUUAUAGAGCUGGACUAAUAUUUAGUCAUAUAUUAAAAGGUAUAUGCCAGAGUAGCUCCACAACUACCAAACAAUAGUCAAUGAUACAUCAGUUGGAAUUCUUUGUUUUUUUUUUACCAUUGCAUCAUAGUCUUUUGGUACUCAGCAUCUGCAGAUCAUGGUUUUUUUCAGCUACAGUGGUGUUUGCACUGAGAUUUUGGCUAGGGUGUAAUACUACGCAGAAAAAGGGGCAAAUGUUUCCUAGUAUGCAUGUUACUAAUUUAUUAAAUGAAACGGCAAGUGGAGAGUCGCUACAUUUAAACAGUUCCUAUCAGCAGUCCACUUUGGGAGACCGUUACGGCAUAUUUGGGUGGAAACGAAUGGCAACCCGGCAAACUCGGAUGUACGUAUUUCUCAUAAAGUGCAGCGUCAGAUUGUUAUUUUUGUGGAAUCCACUGUUGUACAGUGUGGAAAAGCAUGAUAGCAAGAAACAUGACACCAAUCAUAUCUGUGAAACAGGCUCUUUUAACCAAUAAAGAUUUUUUUUCCAUCUGUU